UCUCGCUUGGCUUUAGCGUCUAGCUAGCAACUCUGCGGCAGCGGGGCGAGCGCAGCAUUAGCAUCAAGCAGCAAGCACGGCGAGAGCUCGGCUGCAGCUGGACCGCCGGCGAUGCAGGGCGAGGAGAAGAAAGGGAAGGUGAAGAAGGGGUGGCUGGCGGUGAUGGUCGACGAGGACCAGCGGCGGUUCGUCAUCCCCAUCGCCUACCUCUACCACCCGCUCUUCCGCCGGCUGCUGGAGGCGGCGCGGGACACCUACGGCUACCACUCGUCCGGUCCGCUGCGCCUCCCUUGCUCCGUCGACGAGUUCCUCCGCCUGCGCGCGCUCGUCGAGCGGGACACGCACUCGUCCUCGUCGUCGCACCGCGUGCACAUGGCCCCGUGCACCCGCGCUAAGGUCACGUCGUGAUCGAUGAUCGGCUGUGAGCACGACGACGGUGAGCACCGGAGGGCGUGCGCUGGACUACGCUCAUCUGCCGAUACGGAUAGUCGGAUACAUGCGUGUACCAUGGAGAGAGAGGAGAGGGUACGCGAUUAGUCUGGGACGAUGGUUUUGGCCUUCUUUUCCUUCCGAUUUUUGCACAUACAUGUAUACUGAUUGAUUGACAGACAUACCGAUGUAUAUAUAAACACUUGGAUUCA